ACAGAGCACAACAACACAGUCUUUGUGCAACGCAUUUCCAUUGCUAUCAACCAAUUAAAUAAUAAAAUUGAACAUUUUCCAUGCAAAACAAUAACUAAUUGCACAUCCAACAUCACCAGCAUCGUUGCCAGAGGCGCAACUCUCAGUGGCUGGACAGAAUGACGGCGCGUAAUCCUCAAACAUUGAUGGCCCUGCCGAAUGAGGAGAAUUUUGAUUUUCUAUUCAAAAUUGUCUUAAUUGGGGACUGUUGCACGGGCAAAACAUCAAUAUUGCAACGUUUCAAGACCGGCAACUACGUGGAGCGUCAUGGAAAUACCAUUGGAGUGGAUUUCUCAAUGAAAACCAUUGAAGUCGAGGGCAAACAAGUCAAGCUACAAAUCUGGGAUACUGCUGGACAGGAACGCUUCCGUACCAUAACCCAGAGCUAUUAUCGAGCCAACAAUGGCGUUAUAAUAGUUUAUGACAUCACAAAGCGAGCAACAUUCGCUAAUCUGCAAAAGUGGAUUGAGGAGGUGCGCAGAUAUACGGCUUCCAAUGUGCUUAUCAUUUUGAUAGGCAACAAAUGCGAUCUCGAAGAGGAGCGCGAAGUGGACUUUGAGGAGGCGCGUCAAAUGUGUCAAUAUAUACCUGAAAUCUUGUUUGUUAUGGAAACCUCUGCCAAGGAGAAUACCAAUGUUGAAGAUGCCUUUCGCUGUCUGGCCACUGAACUUAAGCGACAACACGACUCGAGUAGUGUUCAAGCCAUGGACGAGAACACUGUGCAGCUGGGUCAGGGCAAGCCGCUCAAGAGUUGCAGCAGUUCAUGCAAUCUUACAUAGACAUCAGCAUCCACAUCUCCAUAAUAUAUUUUUACAUUUUAUGUUUAUUAUUUUAUUAUUAUUAUUUUGUGAUCAAAUUUUCGUGUGGCUAUAAUUGUAGUAUUUAUAAUUUUUAAAACCUAAACUAAACUGUUAAUUUUGUUGUUGUUUACUUGACUGACACAAGUAACAUCAUCAUAAUUUUAAUUUAUACACUUUACACAUAUAUAUAUAUAUUCGUAUUUGUAUUCAUAUUUAUUUUGGUGGCUAGAGUACAAAAAACAAUCUCACACAUCACAUCAACAACAAACAAAUGCAAUGAAUUAACAAUGUCAAUUACAAUGCAUUUUCAGUUCAUAACAGUAGUAGAAAAAAAGUACGUCCAAUUCUGUAUUUGUAACUUAAAAGAUUUUUGCAAAUAAACUUGUUUAUUUUAUAAA